AUGGCACACCUUCUUGCCUUGGGCCUGUUGGCUACUGCAGUCACAGGUCAGGACUUUAGUGGCGGUUCUCGUGAUGAGGAUGCUUUUAGCUAUGUUCAGCCGGAAAACACCACGAUUCUUGGUCCCUAUGGACACUCUCCUGCCGUCCUCCCUUCUCCCCGCACCUCCGGUUCCGGCGGCUGGGAGGAUGCUCUCUCACAGGCGCAGGACUUUGUCGCCCAACUGACCCUCGAUGAAAAGGCCGACAUGGUCACUGGCCAGCCCGGCCCCUGUGUUGGAAACAUCGUGGCCAUUCCUCGCCUCAACUUUAGCGGUCUUUGUCUCCAGGAUGGUCCCCUGUCCAUCCGUGUGGCCGACUAUGCCUCUGUCUUCCCUGCUGGUGUCACUGUCGCUUCUACCUGGGAUAGAGACCUCCUGUACGAGCGUGGGUAUGCCAUGGGCGAGGAAUUCAAGGCCAAGGGUGCCCAUAUCCUCCUCGGUCCCGUUGCUGGUCCCCUUGGACGUUCCGCCUACUCUGGCCGCAACUGGGAGGGCUUUGCCGCCGACCCCUACCUGACUGGUGUCGCCAUGGAGCAGACCAUCCGCGGCCACCAGGAUGCCGGUGUCCAGGCUGUUGCUAAGCACUUUAUCGGCAACGAGCAGGAGACUAUGCGUAACCCCACCUAUGACCCCAACGGAACCCUGACAGACGUCCUCCAGGAGGCUCUCUCCGCCAACAUUGAUGACCGCACCAUCCACGAACUGUACCUGUGGCCGUUUGCCAACGCGGCCCGGGCCAAGGUUGCCAGCUUCAUGUGCGCCUACCAGCGCCUCAACGGUUCGUACGCCUGCGAGAACUCAAAGGUCCUGAAUGGGCUGCUCAAGGAGGAGCUCGGCUUCCAGGGCUACGUCAUGUCCGACUGGGGCGGCACGCACUCCGGCAUGGCCUCGAUCGAGGGCGGUCUCGACAUGAACAUGCCCGGUGGUAUCGGCCCCUACGGUAUGGUCCCCGAGGCUGGCUCCUUCUUUGGCGGCAAUGUUACCACUGGUGUCAACAACGGAACCCUUGACGAGGCCCGUCUUGACGACAUGAUUGUCCGCAUCAUGACUCCCUACUUCUGGCUCGAGCAGGACGUCGACUUCCCCACCGUCGACCCCUCCUCUGCUGAUAUCAACACCUUUUCCCCGAAGGAUACCUGGCUCCGCGAGUUCAACCUCACUGGCCCUCGCAGCCGUGAUGUCCGCGGCAACCACGCCUCCAUCAUCCGCCGUCACGCCGCCGAAGCUACAAUCCUACUCAAGAAUGAGAACAACGCCCUCCCCCUGCGCGCUCCCAAGACCAUCGCCGUCUUUGGCAACGACGCUGGCGAGAACACCGCGGGCCCUCUGAACCAAGAUACCUUUGAAUUCGGCACCCUCGCUGCCGGCGGUGGCUCUGGAACCGGCCGCUUCACGUACCUCGUCUCGCCCCUGGCUGCUAUCAACGCCCGUGCCAAGUCCGACAACACCAGCCUCGUCCAGUACUGGCUCAACAACACACAGAUCGCAACCACGGAUGUUGCCGAUCUCCUUGCCAUCCCCGACCAGCCAUCCGUCUGCCUCGUCUUCCUCAAGACCUGGGCCGCCGAAGGUGAAGACCGUGCGCAUCUCAGCUCCGACUACAACGGCACUGACGUCGUCACCUCUGUUGCAUCCCACUGCAACAACACCGUCGUCGUCACCCACUCCUCUGGCAUCAACACCCUCCCCUUCGCCAACCACCCCAACGUAACCGCCAUCCUCGCCGCCCACUACCCCGGCCAGGAAUCCGGUAACUCCAUUGUCGAUGUUCUGUAUGGUGAUGUGAACCCCUCCGGCCACCUCCCCUACACAAUCGCCCUCAACGGAAGCGACUACAACGCCCCUCCCACCACCGCCGUCUCCACAAACGGGACGUACGACUGGCAGUCGUGGUUUGACGAGAAGCUCGAGAUCGACUACCGCUACUUUGACGCGCAUGACAUUGACGUCCAGUACGAGUUCGGCUUCGGUCUGUCGUACACCACCUUUAACCUCUCCUCCAUCUCCUCCACCCAGCUCGUCGACUCGAUCUCUUCUGAACCCGAACAGCGCGAGGUCCAGCCCGGCGGCAACCCGGCCCUCUGGGAAUCCCUGUACAACGUCACCGUCGAGGUGACAAACACUGGCGAGGUCGAUGGUGCCGCGGUUCCGCAGCUAUACGUCACAUUCCCCGACAGUACCCCCGCGGGUACACCACCCAAGCAACUCCGUGGCUUCGACAAGGUGGUUCUUGAGCCUGGCGAGUCAAGGACCGCCAGCUUUGAGCUUAUGCGCCGUGAUCUGAGUUACUGGGACGUUGUUAGCCAGGAGUGGUUGAUUCCCGAGGGCGAGUUUGUUGUCCGCGUUGGAUUCAGUUCGAGGGAUUUGAGGGAGACGGUUAGGAUUAGCCCUGUGCAGGCUUAG